AUGGCACGUGCUAACCUCCUACUAAGCGCUGAGCUUGAACGUGCGUUUGCCAAUGCACAAAGUGGCAAGUUACGUUAUGUAAAGAUUCUGAUUCAAGAAGAAUCAUUUGUACUUAGUGCUACAGGACCUGCAACGUCAGAGCCUGACAAUGACGUGACGCAAUUGGUGACGUCUUGUUUGGAGGCAGAGGAGGCGGCAUUUGUGCUGCUGUGUCCCGAUACAAACGUCUCAGCAUUACGUUGGGUAUUACUGGCCUUUGUGCCUGAAACUGUAAGUGUCCGUGAUCGAAUGCUCUAUUCAUCGUCACGUGAUUCGCUAAAAAAGCAACUGGGUCUAAAUUACUUUUCAGGGGAAUUCCAUGCAACGGAAUUGAGUGAAGUGACGUGGGAGAAUUUUCUCGAGGCGAGGAAGAAGCAGGCAGCAGAUGCUCCACUGUCUGAAUCAGAGCGAUUACUCAAGGAGGCGGCCAUGUUGGAGCGUGAUACAAACGAGAAUCAGUUUAAUUGGAUUGGGAUGAAACUGAGUGAAGAUAAUGAGAGUGUCGAGGUGGUCAAAAGUCUAGAGAAUGUCGAUCUUAUUGAUGUUGCGCCAGCACUGAUUUUUAUGUACGUGUGUCCGGAAGAUUCACCUGUGCGCUUGAAAAUGAUCUACUCCACGUGUAAGGCUACAGUUCUCUUUGCUGCUAAGGAAGAACUCAACAUGACGUUUGAUCAUACGAUUGAGAUCAACAACAUUGCUAGCGCUGUCGACAAUCUUCGGUCGGAGUUAGCGCCACUCCAGACCGAGGAAGAGCUUAAGCCGCGCGAGUUUGCACGUCCUGCGGCACCUGGAGGUCACGGACGCAGCCGAGGCAGAGGCCGAGGUCGUGGUCUUCCUAGCGUCCACUAA